AUGGCAUUCGCAUACAACGGCAACCCCGUGUCGUGGUGGCGCCAGCCCAACUUUGAGGAGCUGCAGGACACGGUUGAGUGGACCAGCAACGGCGUCGUGUUCUCCAGCAACCUGAGCGUGUGGUGCUCCAACAACCUCUGGCCGGCUCAGGGGGGGCAGUGGGCUUCCAAUCAGGUCGUGGCCGUGAGCAAUGUGGCGUUCUGGAGCAGCAACACGGCCGGGUGGGCCUCCAACCAGGUGGUAAUGACCGACGACACCGCCCGCUGGGCUUCCAAUGCAGUGGUCGACUGCCAAGCCACCGCCGCGUGGGGCAGCAACGCCGCCGCGUGGGGCAGCAAUACAGCCGCCUGGGGCAGCAAUACAGCCGCCUGGGGCAGCAACGCAGCGGUGAACGCCCGAUCGGCCGCCGAGGCUGCACGAGAGGCGGCCGCGGGCGCCCAGGAGACGGCCGACCUGGCGGCGAGCGCCGCGGCGGCCGCGGACCUGGCGGCGGGCGCGGCGCAGGGCACGGCAGACGCCGCGCUGCUCGCGGCCGGCACUGCAAACGCGACGGCCGUGGCGGCGGGGGCCGCGGCCGCCUCCGCUCACUCCCUGGCAUCCACCGCCAGCAACCAAGCCUACGCCGCCAGCGCCACCGCGGAGGCUGCCUGCAACCUGGCCCAAUCAGCUUACGGCAUCGCCGCGUCCGCUUCGAACGCUGUCGUGACGUUUGACGCCGAGAUCCAGGCGGCGCAGACCAACGCCGCUGCGGCGGUGGUGACGGCCAACGCGGCGCUGGGAGAGCUCAACGGGUACGUCCCCGCGAUCAUCUACGGCAGCAACGUCAGCACCUGGUGUUCCAACCAACUGCCUUUUCUCAGCAGCGCUGGGGUGUCAGCGAGUGGCGGCGCAGCCGGCUUCGUGCCCGUGGCGGGCUGGUACAAGACCCAGGACGUGGGUUUGCCGUACGAUUGGACGGAUCUCUCAAUGGACACGCGUGUGCUGGACCCUGGCAGCCUGUUUGCAUCCAACCUGCCCUGCAGCAACCUCACGGCCCCGUACACGGGGUGCUACCGCUUUGCAGUCACCGUGGGCGGGUCCAACGUCGAGGUCAAGGUGCGAGCUACACAGGUCUCGGGGACGAUGACGCCCAGCAACGUGCUGCUGCAGCACGGCUUUGUGUGCCGCGACUUCAAGCCCAACGGCAGCACCGACUACUACCGCACCAACCACACGCAGGUCGCCAACCUGGUCUACAUGACAGCAGGGACCCAGUUCAAGCUGCAGGGCGCGACCUUCUACAGCGGGGCACCGUCGGCGGGCCCCGUGGACGUGGUGGUGCACAUGCUGGGCGGCCCCGCGGGCAGCCAAGGAGUGCAGGGCCCGGCGGGGGCCACGGGGCCUCAGGGCGCGGCCGGGCCGCAGGGGCCCCAGGGCGCGCAGGGCGCCCAGGGCGUGCAGGGUUUGACCGGCGCGGACGGCGCCUGGGCGGCCAGCAACACCGCCUACGCGGCUCUGGCCAGCGCGGCUUGGGCGUCCAACGCCAUCCCGGCGGUGCCCACGGCCCAGAUCGGGUUCUCCAGCAACACGGCGGUGGCCGCCAGCAACCAAGCUUUCUCAAUCAGCGGCGGCGGCGGCGGGGCGCCCAGCAACGUGGCUCAGGGCACCUUUGGCAGCGGGCCGGUCGUCAUCCCGCUCAACAGCAACUACGGCAUGCACGAGGUCCGCUGGACGAUGACGUGCUCCAACCUGCAGGGCCAGGGCAGCGUGCGGCCCGCUUGGCAGGUGUACACGGACGGCGGCACCACGGCCCUCGCCACCGGCUACUACGGCUACGAGAUCGCGUACGGCGUGGUCGCCAACGCGCCCGAGUACGUGACCACCAGCAACUACAGCCGGUUCCGCCACAAGUACCCUAUGGAUGUGGGCAACCCCUGCAACAGCAAGAUGCUGAUCUCCGCGCUCACCAGCGGCUCAAACAUCAUCCAGUGCGAAACGGCCGGCUACAUUCCCGGCUACUACCCCUGGCGCGGCCUCGCCAGCGCGCGCAUCACCGGCCCUGCAUCCCGCAUCAACGCCCUGCGCUUGUUCUCGGAGUACGAUGCCAACCUGACCCAGAUCACGGCGAUCCGAGGCAGCUGGGUGGUGACAAGCUACAAUUAA